AUGCCAGACGCAUGGACGCCGUUACCUUCACGCGCAUUGAUUAAUGAAGCCAACCGUCAAAAGAAUGUGUUGGAGGGCGUUCUUUUGGCGUUGAAGAAUGCAGAACCCGGAGACCGUGAUGGACUACUCAGUUGUUUAUCAAUCAAAAACGGGGCCAUUGAUCUUACGCAAGUUCAAAUACCGGAUCGUUGGCAAAUUUCCAAUCCUCCAACUACUGCCAGUGAAGAGCCGCCUGACUCAAGUUCGGAUGAUGAGGAUUACGACCCAACGCCAUUCCUAUCGCGAGAUGAAGGCGGUGCGCUGGGGGCAUUUGGUCCGUCUUCUACAUUUCAUAUGGGCAGUCCCAUUAGCCAGGCAGAAUCGCCGGACAUGAAGAAUAGAUCAGAAGUUGAUCGCCAUCGAUUGAUUGCAAAUGCCGCCCUGCAGCGGCAGAAAGAAUUCGACUUACUUCAUCGGCCUUCUAUAGCAGGUAUUCCAUCUGACUUAGCGAUUCAUCUAUUGGAUCUUCAUUGGAACCGACAACAUCAUACGUUUCUGCUCACUUACCUCAAUGCAGUAUUUGCAUGUUCAAGCAAGUUCUCGGAGCGACUUGAAGUUCGAACUGACCCUACACGACCGGAGACUGCUGGAAAACUCUUUUUUGAUCGUUGCGACCAAUUGCUAGCUGAAAGAUCACUUCUCACCCAUUCAAGCAUUCCUACCGUUGCCGGACUCCUUAUGUUGGGAAGUUCAUUUAAUGCCCGGGGUCAAAUAUCCAAAGGCUGGCUGUAUACUGGGUACGCUCUGCGCAUGGUAUACGACCUCGGGCUGCAUUUGGACUGUAAAGAGGUUGCCGGCAGCGCCGAAGAUGUCGAGAUCCGUCGGCGACUGUUCUGGGGUGCUUUUAUCUGCGACAAAUUACAGAGCUUAUAUUUUGGACGACCUUUUACUAUUCAGCUUCGCGAUGCUCAUGUCUCGCGCGACUUCAUGGAUACAUUCGAAGAGAACGAACUAUGGACACCUUAUGUCGACCCUCAAAUUCCCAACACUGAUGUGAUGUGCUCUCCAUCUCCAACGCGAAUCUAUUCAGUCUCGGUAUUCCAGCAUCUAUGUUCACUAUCUAAGAUUAUGACCAUUAUCAUUGAUCGAUUUUACGUUGUCGGCGCUAGCGGCGAUAUGGCAAGGAAGCACCUUGACAUCAUUGAUCAGCGUUUGAUCACAUGGUACCGCAAACUUCCAUCAAACCUGCGAUUCGAGCCCUGGGCAGAGAACGAACAGGCCACUGCAACAGCCGCAGCACCGAACACUAUCAUUCUCCUGACUACUUUCAACGCCUUGACAAUCCUCCUUCAUCGACCGUUUAUUAUUACUGGCCAUCUUCAAUCCACUGAUAGCCCGGCCCAUUCAUGGGAACGAUGCAUUACCGCUGCUCGGAAUAUAACCAGUCUGGCUUUGACAUAUCGGUCUGCUUAUUCCUUGCGUAGGGCUAAUUAUAUGCUCAGCUACGCAGUCUAUGUUGCAUGCACAAUACAUGCAAGGAAUCCUACAAUAAAAGAAUCCACUCGUCGAAGAGAUCCUUCAUCUGCUUUGACUGUAUGCUUGCACUGUCUGGACGAGCUUGCCGUCCCUAAUUGUGGAGUAUCCGCCCCAGCGAAAAUUAUUCGACGCUUAAUGGAGGCCAAUAAUAUCCCUCCUGACUUAGAUCAUGAAAUCAACGUCCCCCAGAACAUGGAUGUCAAUCUGGAUUUCCAAUCUUUCGCCACGCUGGACUUCACUCCCGGUCCCACUGAUGACAAUGCGCAAUUCUCUAUUUUCCCAGAAUUUACCCAAGACUUGGAUCUAUUGUUUGGGUUUAUGAAUGAACCUAUGGCAUCACCUUCGACGGUUCUGGCUGAUCUAAACCCUCCCGGUGACCAAGCAAUAUAA